UUGGCACGCGGCAUGAACCUGGAGGCGGGCAGCCGGGGCGCAGAGUUCGGCAUGAGCGCGGUGAGCUGCGGCAACGGGAAACUCCGCCAGUGGCUGAUCGACCAGAUCGACAGCGGCAAGUACCCCGGGCUGGUGUGGGAGAACGAAGAGAAGAGCGUCUUCCGCAUCCCGUGGAAGCACGCGGGCAAGCAGGACUACAACCGCGAAGAGGACGCCGCCCUCUUCAAGGCCUGGGCGCUAUUUAAAGGAAAGUUCCGAGAAGGUAUCGACAAGCCAGAUCCUCCAACUUGGAAGACAAGAUUACGAUGUGCUCUGAACAAAAGCAAUGACUUUGAGGAAUUGGUAGAGAGGAGCCAGCUCGAUAUUUCCGACCCGUACAAGGUGUACAGGAUUGUUCCUGAAGGAGCCAAAAAAGGAGCGAAACAGCUCACUCUGGAAGACACACAGAUGGCCAUGGGCCACCCCUACCCCAUGACAGCGCCUUAUGGCUCACUGCCAGCCCAGCAGGUUCAUAAUUACAUGAUACCACCUCAUGACAGAACCUGGAGGGAUUAUGCUCCUGAUCAGCCACACCCAGAAAUCCCGUAUCAGUGCCCUGUGACGUUCGGCCCCCGCGGCCACCACUGGCAAGGUCCAUCUUGUGAAAAUGGUUGCCAGGUGACAGGAACCUUUUAUGCUUGUGCCCCACCUGAGUCCCAGGCUCCUGGAAUCCCCAUAGAGCCAAGCAUAAGGUCUGCUGAAGCCUUGGCGCUCUCAGAUUGCCGGCUGCAUAUCUGCCUCUAUUACCGGGAUAUCCUAGUGAAGGAGCUGACCACAUCCAGCCCCGAAGGCUGUCGGAUCUCCCACGGACAUACCUAUGAUGUCAGCAACCUGGACCAGGUCCUAUUCCCCUACCCAGAGGACAAUGGGCAGAGGAAGAACAUCGAAAAGUUGUUGAGCCACCUGGAGAGGGGACUGGUCCUCUGGAUGGCCCCAGAUGGGCUCUAUGCCAAAAGACUCUGCCAGAGCAGGAUCUACUGGGAUGGGCCCCUGGCAUUGUGCAGCGAUCGGCCCAACAAACUAGAAAGAGACCAGACUUGCAAGCUCUUUGACACACAGCAGUUCCUAUCAGAGCUGCAAGUGUUUGCUCACCAUGGCCGGCCAGCACCGAGAUUCCAGGUGACCCUGUGCUUCGGCGAGGAGUUUCCAGACCCCCAGAGGCAGAGGAAGCUCAUCACGGCUCAUGUGGAACCUCUGUUAGCCAGACAACUGUUUUAUUUUGCUCAACAAAACAGUGGACACUUCCUAAGGGGCUACGAUCUAUCUGAACACAUCAGUGCUCCGGAUUACCACCGAUCGCUCCGUCAUUCGUCCAUUCAAGAGUGAACCAGCCACACCAAGGAUUUUGCUUCGUUGUAUAUACUCUGACAUGGCAGCUGAUUGACGCCCCCUUUUUUCAGAAGAGCUACCAAGUGGGUUCACAGUUGAAGACACCACCAGCAGGGGUCUGUGAUGAAAAACAGCUCCAACAGCUCAACAGAGGCGCUCGUCCCAGAAGAGUGACUCUCAUCCGGGUCUUGACAAGUGCUGGUAUUUUGGUGACCGUGCCCUGGCUUAUAACUGUGAGACCUGAUCUGAUCAGUGAUGUGUUUACAUGUACUUAAAUGCCGGCUUGAGCCUGGUGUAGACCGGCUUUUGCUUGCAGACUGAGAAACUGUCGGUAUGAAUCCCUGACUAGAGAAAGCAGACUUAAGCAGUCUAUUUCUCAGGAAAGUAAAGUCUAAACUGGAGACUACCCUGCCCACCCACAGAAAAUGUGUUCCAGAAUGGUGGGGUCAUGUCUCUCAGCCUUAGUCUAGGUUGCAAUGUCCCUGUCACUUAGUCUCUGCAAGUAGACCCUGUAUCCUGUCUGUUCCUUCUCCUUGGCCUUCCCUCACAGCCAGCUGGUGUACUCUGUGGUCACAUACUUGAGCCGAAAAGCAUCAGGGAUACAUAAGAUGGGGCAUUUUUUAAUGUCCUUCUUUCUAACAAUGACUACAAAGCUUUUUUCUUUGUCUCCCUUUAUUAUUUUUUUCUGAAAUAAAGGAAGAAAGGAAGGAAGAGAGAGAGCUAGAAAUCAAGAGACUGAAUACUAGAGGUAGUUUUUUUUUUUUUUUAAGUUCUGUGCCAUUUCCCCUUCUAUUUGUUUUGUUGGCCAUCCGUAGUCUCCAUGGCAACACUGGAAGGGAGGAGCUUUUGUGCAGGUUGGGAACUAUCAGGACACCAGUGGUUCAGCUGACUGAACAGCUGCAGAUUCAGUAGGCUGUUUCUGUUUAUUCUGUAUGUUAGAUGCUUCCUUGUGCCAGUAAUAGUCUGACAGUCUCAAAAUUACUAGACUUUUCCCAAAAUACAUUCUUUCACAGAAUUCCAAGAGGCCCAUUUGCCUUCGUAAGUCUGGUGCCUUACUCUCUUGCUACUGUUUUUGUUUAGGUGACUUUGCCAUGUUCCAGGGUUUCUCCCCUACCACCAUGUAAUUUCUGUUUCUCCCAGGCUCAGGAAGAGUCAGCUUGUCUCAAACA